ACUGCACACCUAUGGAGGAGAUUAUUUGAGAUAACUGCACACCUAUGGAGGAGAUUAUUUGAGAUAACUGCACACCUAUGGAGGAGACGUCUCUGGAGACAAUAUGAGAUACCUGCACUAUACAGACAUAUGAGAAGCCUGUGACUGUCAUAUAUACAAUCUCUUCGUGGCUCGCUUCCCGCCCUUUCGUCACAGGCCACUCAGAAUGCACACGAUUCUUUCAGCUCUGGCGAUUGUAUCACACAGCCCCUCCCGCGCCAGGACAUCACGUGACUCGAGUCGUGUCCCUCUUACCCCGCCCCUCAGCCGAUCACCUGACGUGUUUUCCCGGUCCGUGCCAGAGUUCACGUGAAGGCCUCCAAUGUCACGAACAAGAAAAGGGGUGAAAUUAUUCAGCCUUCUGCAGGCACAGCAUUCUGGUAAGAAAAUAUGCCGCCACAUACAGUACCAGACUGCUAACAACAUGAGUAGCAAAAUAUUUGGAUCUGCUGCUGUGAGUCAAGAAGACCUCCAGCCUCUUUCAGUCUUUGAAGAAUUGAAGAUGCCCUUUUCCCGUGCAUCGAUUGGAAACUUUUUUCAGGAUCAGCCUUGUUUGGGGAAUCAGUUUCUGGAGGAUUCUCUCCUUCAGGGUUACCUCAAGAGACAUCUUCCUCCUGUGGUUCUGGAAGAAGCAAGUCAGGAUCUCGAACGUUUUGGACAACGUUUAGUAGAUGAAAUAGACUCCCUUGGACGUGAAUGUGAACUCAAUCCACCAUACCUGCAGCAUUAUGAUGCCUGGGGCCGUAGAGUUGAUUGCAUCAUCACAUGUCCAGCUUGGCAAAAGAUGAAGGUGGUGUCUGCAGAAGAAGGCUUAGUGGCAGAAGCAUAUGAAAGAAAGUACUCUAGCUGGAGCCGCCUGAUCCAGAUUGUAAAGCUUUAUCUCUAUGCACCAUCCUCUGGAUAUUUCACCUGUCCUCUUGCUAUGACUGAUGGUGCAGCAAAGGUCAUAGAGUCACUGGGUAUUCCGCAUGCUCUUCAGGAUGCCUUCACACACCUUACCUCCAGAGACCCUAAAAUGUUUUGGACAUCAGGCCAGUGGAUGACAGAACGCAAAGGAGGAUCAGAUGUUGCAAAUGGCACAGAAACAGUGGCUCGUGGCCAGGCAGAUGGCACUUACAAGCUUUAUGGAUACAAAUGGUUUACAUCAGCCACAGACUCUGACAUGACUUUGACUCUAGGCAGAGUGGUAGAUGCACAAGGACAAGUUAUACAGGGCACAAAAGGGUUAACGCUUUUUUACUUGGAGGUCAGAGAUGCAGAAGGACGGUUAAAUGGAAUAGAGGUUCAGAGGCUUAAAGAAAAGUUGGGUACUAGGCAGGUGCCAACAGCAGAAUUGCUUCUGGAUGGUGUAAAGGCUCUACAGAUAUCACCUGAAGGUCGGGGUGUUGCUUCAAUCGCCAAUAUGUUAACCAUAACCCGUAUUCACAACACCAUUGGUGCAGCUGCUGGCAUGAGAAGAAUAAUCAAUCUGGCCAGGGAGUAUGCAUCAAAGAGAUUUGUGUUUGGAAGUAUGAUUAAAGACCACCCUUUGCAUAUGCAGACUAUGGCACGUAUGGAAGUGCAAGCUCGGGGAGCUUUUCUUCUUCUUAUGGAGAUUGCGCGUUUGCUGGGGCUGGAAGAAACAAACAUGGCAACUGAACAGGACCAACAUCUUCUCCGCCUUUUAACUCCCAUCGCCAAGCUCUACACAGGGAAGCAGGCUGUCGCCGUCAUAUCAGAAGGGCUGGAGUGUUUUGGAGGACAAGGUUAUAUGGAGGACACAGGUUUGCCAACUUUGCUGAGAGAUGCUCAAGUACUAACAAUCUGGGAAGGAACAACCAACAUUCUAUCUCUUGAUGUCCUGCGGUCAGUCAGCAAGAGCCAAGGGAAGGUUUUAAGUGCUUUUUUUUCUUCUACUCAGGAAAAGCUAGAAGCUGUAUCUAAUAUUCCCAGUCUGUCCCAAUCUACUUCACGGCUGCUGCAAGCUCUGCAGGACUUAAAAGACUUCACACAGAAGGCAGGAAUGAGAGGAAAGAGCUUCACAGAGCUGGCAGCCAGAGAUUUUGCUUACAGCCUUGCUAAAAUCUACAUAGGUUGUCUCUUUGUGGACCAUGCAGCUUGGUCUGGAGCAACAGAAUCAGAAGUAUAUUGUGCUCAAAGAUGGAGUGAACAAGAUCUGUGUCCUGUCAACACAGCUGAAGCUUCUGGAUGCUAUAACUCAGAUGCAGCCUCCAUGAACAGACAGCUUGUGUAUGGAGAAAGUCCAUCUAUAAAGGGAAAGCUAUAGGUUAUAGAUUUUUUCUGAUUUGCCUUUAUCAUAUUAAUGAUUUUUUUUAAUAGAUUCCCACCUAACAUUCUUAGUACAAAAAUAGAUUAAUAUUUAUGAUGAAUGCCUAAUUUCAAAGUUAGAAAAAAUGUCAGCCGAUUUUAUAGACUUAGUAUUUAACAGCCACAUACAAACUGAAAUAGUGGUAUGAACCAUAGGUGCAGCCCUUUUAUUAGGGGAGAAUGGAUUUAUCAAGGCUUAAUACCAGGAAACUAUCGUAAAAAAAAGUAGCACUUCUUAAUAGAAAUGAAUGGACACAGAAAGUCCUACAGCACGUGCUCUGACAGAGAGCCGGGGUCCCAUUUAGGAGAUUGCGGGGGUACUAGCAAGUGGAUGAGAUUUUAUAAGUCUUAUCCACCUACUGCAGACUAUUUCCACUGUAGCAUGGUUGAAACCUGCAGUGAAUCCACAGCACAAUACACGUUACACAUGUUAGAAAAUUAAACUGGUCAGAAACUGCCCAAUUUAUUUCAGUAGCUCAGGCUCCUGCUUCUACAAAUCAGUUUUUACUUACGACACUUCUCUGGCAUAAUUUAUAUUAUUUAGUAUAAUGCAUCAAAAAAUGCAAUAUAUCUGGCACAAACUGUUGAUUAAGGUGCAUGGUGAAGUAUGCAAUUAUAAAUGUGGUGUAGGCUCUGUUCUUUAGAGAAGUUUUUGCCAGAAUGCUGGCUGUUUUGCUUAUCACAGUGACAAACACCCUUCAUAUUGCCUAAAUCUCACAGGUUUACAUUUUUCAUUAAAAAAAUACUCUACCCGAGUGAAGAAUCUAGGGAAAUUGAGCAUGUGAGUUACUUUGCAGAUUUCACUUCUACACUGCAGUUUAGCAGGGGUGAAAUCUGUCAAAAAAUCCACAGCACAAUCUGCAUGUUAUACAUACUGGAAAAUAAACAGAAAGCAGAAACUGACAGAUUAAUUAAGUGGCAUUACUUUUUGCCUGGUUAAGUUACACCAGCAUUUUACAUCAAAAAGUGAUGUGGGAUGUUAAAGGGGUAUUCCAGGAAAAAAACUUUUUUUUUUCAUAUCAACUGGCUCCAAAAAGUUAAACAGAUUUGUAAAUUACUUUAAAUAAUCUUAACCCUUCCAGUACUUAUCAGCUGCUGAAGUUGAGUUGAGUUUCUACUCUGGAAAGUUCCUGAGACAGACAGAAGUGUCAGCAGAGAGCACUGUUUGUCAGACAGAAAAGAACAACUCAACUUCAGCAGCUGAUAAGUAGUGGAAAGAUUAAUAUUUUUUAAUAGAAGUAAUUUACAAAUAUGUUUCACUUUCUAGAGCCAGUUGAUAUGUGGAAAAAACAUUUUUUUUUUAUGGAAUAUCCCUUUAAUAAGGCCAGUAUCACUCAACUAUAAUGUGUGUGCAUUUCUGCAUCCUUAUCCUCACAAGUCCUGGACUUACCACAGUUCUAAUGACCUAAACUGACAGUAACAAAUGGAUCUAUGAUGCUUUUAGUUCAGGUCAUUAGACCCAUGAUAGGCCCAGGUUGUGUGGCACAAAUGUAUUAUGCUCAUGUAAAACAGGCCUAAAUAUGACAGAUUCUACAAAUCUUCUGAGACAGGCCCACUUUUUUGUGAGCUGAAUACAGAAGCUAGAUACAUAAAAAAGACAUGUAAAGCAUGACCUAGUGAGUAACAUAUAUAAGCACUGAAUAUUUUUGCGGCAGCACAUGACUGCCAAGGCAAGCAUCGGCUGUAACGUCAUGUGCAUUAUGUACACAAUGAUACAAAGUUAUGAAUCUGCCUUAAAGCAGAACUGUCUGGUUUUCCCAUAGUAACCAAUCACAGCUCAGCUUUUAUAUCUUAGCAAGCUCCGGUAUAAUGAAGUCUGAGCUGUGAUUGGUUGCUGAAGGAAAAACAAGCCAUGUUUUGGCUUUUGACAGAUUCAUAAUUUUGGGCCAAUAUUAUUGCAGCAUCCCAGGCAAGGACCCCAGCAGGGACAGCAAAUUUGGAAUUUUUUUCCUAGUUCAAGCCAUAGGGGUUUUUUUUUUUUUUUUGAGCUACCUGAAAUCCUCUGGAACAUAUAUAUAUAUAUGUUUUACAUGUCUGAUCAAUACUACCCUACCUCAGGGAAGAAUCUGUAGAAGGAGUAGUUAAAUACUUUGUAGUGUUUACACCUAUCAGCAGGUCCUCAACAACUCAUAGUCACAACUUAUAGGUGCUUAAUGGCUCCAGCAAAAAAGCUGCGCCGUAUCGAUUGUACAUUUUUUUUCUAUAAGGCUGCGUUCACAUCACGAUUUCUCCAUCCGACUUGAGUACACGAUUUAAUAACUUAAAAUCAUAUGAAAUCGAAUAUAAAGUUGGAUCCAUUGACCUCCAUUAAAAAAUCAGAUCCCAAUUGGAAUAGUUUAGAUAGUCUUAUUAACUUGUUAGGAAAAGUAGGUAAAAAGAGUGGAUCAAUAUAAAAACAGAUUAAUUAUGUAAUACCCUUUGGAUUACAUAAUAUAUAACAAAGAAUUAGAUUGGAAAGAGUGAAUGAGUAGAUGUGUGAAUGUAUUGUUCCUCCCUUCUUUUCUUUCUUCCUCCCUUUUUCUUUGGAUCUUUCUUCUUUUUUCUCUAUGUGUAGAUAACUGUUUUAUACAUAUUUGUUUGCUUUGUCUAUACGUGUUAUGGUUAUUAAAAUUUUGAAAAAAUAUAAAAAUAAAUCGGAUCCAUUACACACAUCCGAUUUGAUCCACAUCCGGGCAAUGGAUCCGACUUUAUAUUCGAUUUCAUACGAUUUUAAGUUAUAAAAUCGUGUACUCAAGUCAGAUGGAGAAAUCGAGAUGUGAAAGCAGCCUAAUAGAGACUGUCUGGGAUUAAUUAUAAUUUCAGAGAAAUAACUAACUAAAAAAAAACUAAUUAUUAAUUAUAAUUUCAGAGAAAUAACGAAUCUCAGUAUAGUAAAUCAACGAAUUUUAGAAUUUUUACAUUGUUCUUAAUCUGUAUUUGUUUAAGUGAGUGCAGUUAUAAAGCUAACACAAUAUUGAUUUGACUUUGAUAAAUUUCUGAAUGGUAAACCAUUUUUAUAGAAGGUUCAAAACAUAACAAUAAAUAUCCAAAGUCUAUUUUUCUUUGUGCACUUGUGUUGAUAUUUUAAUAUUUUCUUUACUUCCUACUUCCCUGAGGAACAUUCUGGUUUAUGUCCCUUUUUACAAUACUGUUUGCUGAUAUGCUCCACAUAUACAUCGGCAUUCUGUCAAAAUAGGAUGUCAACGUAUGUUUUCCCUAAUCGACCAGGGCCUAAACAGUAAUCAGCUAGCAAUUACAUUCAGGUCAUUUUCCAAGCAUACCAGUGUCUGGGCUAAAACCAUAAAGCAUAGAUAGCUUUUCUUUAUGGUUUGAGUCAAAAUUUGGAAAAUUAAAUAAACAUAGUCACUAGUGGUCUUCUUUUGGGCAAUUAAACUUAAUGGGAUCUGUACAUGCAAGUAUAACGCAGCGUCCCAUUUUGACAGGAUGCUGAUGUAUGUCUGCAACGUGUUGGCUAAUCAUGUUGUGAACAUGGCCUUACUAUAAGUAAAGUUAUUCUGAGUUGCGGUCUAAUUAUUGUUAACCUAUGCUUGUUCUCCUGAAUCUGAUCUUGACUGACCCCUUUGUACUGUACUGACUUUCCUGUGCUUGACUUAGCCUUGACUCUCUUACCUUUGGUGGUCAUUUGGUGACACUUUGUCCACUGUGCCAGCUGCUCC